ACGAAAUGGUUUGACAUCCCUCCACAGACUGUCAGUGAACACUUGUCCGCAUGGCUCUGGUAGCAUUGCUGUCUGUUGUCUACAUCCUGACAGCUUUCGUCAUCGGGCAGACGGUGAUACACGACCGCGACUUCUGGUACGGUGAAGCACGAGAGGCAUUACUACGACGUUUACCGGAGGGCAGGCGUCCUCACGCUCGCAACGUGGUACUGAUGGUGGGGGACGGCAUGGGGCUAGCCACCCUCACGGCGGCCAGACUGUUCCGUGGUCAGCGUCAAGGAAAGUUGGGUGAAGACACGGAGUUGGCAUGGGACCGAUUUCCAGCAGUCGCAUUGGCUAAGACAUACAACAUGGAUGCCCAAAUAGGGGAGUCCAGUGCCUGCGCUACAGCGCUUCUAUGUGGGGUCAAGGCGAACUUUGAGACUGUUGGGUUGGAUGCUAGAGGGCGCUUUGAAAAUUGCAAGUCCAGCGUCAACUCUAAAGUAGAGUCCUUGGUGGAUUGGGCACACCGUGAAGGAAAGGCGACUGGUAUUGUGACUAAUACCCGAGUCUCUCACGCAACUCCUGCUGCUCUCUUCGCUCACUCGGCGAGCCGUUACUGGGAGGAUGACAGCAAAGUGCCACCGGGUGCCAGGAAGGUGUGCAAGGACAUCACCCGACAACUGGUCGAGAAUGAGCCGGGCAGAAGUAUCAAUGUGA